CUCACAGCUCUGGUGAAACAGGUUUUGCUUCCUCCUUUUUGCAUAUAAAGCAGAGCUCUGACCAAGAAGACAUCCACCAGCAUCAACCACCAUCCACCACCAUCACCAAAGACCUCCUGAAGAAGCUCAUCUCCAGGCAGCAAGCAUGCAUCCCAUUGUCUUCAGACUGGCCUGCCUGGCUCUUUUAGCCGGUGUCCUGGCCCUGAUGGUUCAGGAAUCUGAAGCGGUUGUUGAUAAGGUGUCCUGCUGUAAGAAGGUCAGCACCCUGAAAAUCAACAUUCCCAUCUCAGGCUUUAGGUUUCAGAGGAAAGACCCUCCCUGUGUGAAAGCUGUCAUCUUUAAGACCACAGAAGGAGAACACUGCGUCUACUGGAGGCUGGCCUGGGUGAUGGCCAAGGUCAAGGAGCUGCGGGCAGCAAACAAAAACUCCACAAAUCCUUCGCCAACCACUCUGUGAUCUCACUUCUUAUCAUGACCGUCAAGCCACUGAUUUUACAUUAACAUAUUAAAAGUAAAAAAUGUAUUUGAGCUUGCGUCAUGCCAUGUGCUGGUCUUCGCUCUACAUUUGUCCUCUCCGGUAUUGGCCUUCAAGAUCACUGCUUGAAAAGAAGAACCUGACCAGGAAGGAGAAGAGACAGACUCCACUUCCACUUCUUUAGUUGGAGGUCCUUUCAUUGCCCAAGUUAUCGUUACUUACAUCUUUGAAAUACAAUAAAAUGUUCAUUGUUUGAAAUUCGUACCCUCUUACCACCGCUUCCAUCCUUAUCAACAUCUUGAAGUAAACGAAAAACUUAGUAGCAUUGAUAUGAAAUAAUACAAUCACAUUAUCCAUGCUUUUGAUAUCAUCUGAUAUCUACAAAUCACCAAAAAUUAAUGAAAGUCCAAAAGCUUUGUAACCUCUGUGUGAUGGGCGAUAUGUUAAGUAUUCAGACAAUGGCAUUAACUCCUAACUCUUCCAUCUUAUCGUACUUGCAAUAGGCCCAAAAAUGUAAUAUUGAUUGUUGUUAGCCUGUAAUUGUUACGUACAGCGUGUUAUGCAGCUUUGACCUAAUUUACCUUGAAGCUGAAGUUGAUUAUUGUAGUGCAGGUCACGGAACUGUGCACAUUUCUUUUCUACCGGAGCUUCCUCGUCUCGUUCAGCUGUUCUGAUGCUCUUCAGCAGAACCUCAGUAUCUGAGAAGGUGUGCUGAAGAGUGUUCUCCAUGAAGAGAUGGUACAGAGCCAGAGCACAUCCACUCAGUUCUGGAACUGCUCAUCGUUGCAGAAGAGUGACAGUUCAGUUGUCAGCAGUGGGCGAGCCUCCAUCGGUUCUGUUGUACUGUAGGAGUGUGUCUCUAUGCCGCAGUGUAGCACUGAUCAGGGGCUUGUGAAGGAGAGCCGCUGUUUUGCCUGGCCCAAGACAGUGUUAAUGCACCAAUUUAAUACAAUUCAAGUCAUUAUUACAAUAUAUCAUUAAAUAUUAUAUUGAAUAAUAAAUAUCAAAACGAUUGGAUCAAUGUAUGCAUUAUCUUGAUAGGGACAAUGCAAAUGAACAUAGCUAUAAAACAAGACUAUUCUAUUAUGUAGGGCCUACUUUAAGGCGUGUGCCCAUUUUUCUGCUCAAUGCCGCACUACUUUGAUAAAAAAUAUUGUAAAAGACACUUUCGGUCAUCCUUGAAACCUAACCUUCAGUUACAGUUGAAUCUGUUUGGUUCUACGGGCUUAAUUUUAUAAGCAAUAAAGAACCCUAAAGGA